AUGGAGACGGCCGGGAUAAGCGCGACGACCUGGGUGGUGGGCAAGGCGCUGAGCCCGCUGUCUGGCGGCUUGCUGGAGGCAUGGGGUGCCAGUUCCCUGCUCGGAUCCAACAUGGAGGACUUGAAGAUGCAGCUGAUGUACGCACAGGCCAUGCUCAACAACGUCCAAGGCAGGGAGAUCCACAACCCUGCCUUGGGUGAGCUGCUAGGCAAGCUGCGGCAGCUCGCGUAUGGGGCAGAUGAUUUGCUGGACGAGCUCGAUUACUUCCGCAUCCAGGAUGAGCUCGACGGUACCUACCAUGCUGCUGACGCGCAUGCUGCAGGCUGUGUCCCAGACCUCGUCCUCAACGCUCGCCAUACGGUCAGAUCUUUCGUGAAUAAGGUCAAGCUACCAGCAUGCUCGCGUGCUGCCACGCGUGAUCAUCCUGACGAGCAGCAAGAUGGUGUCAAGCAAGGAUGCUUUUCUCGCAUCUGCUCGUGUGGCAGGUGUGAUAUCUUCUCCUUACCACCAUCACCCGCAAGCCAGGUUGGCCUGCAGGUUGACAAAGGAUGCGUACCGAAGUUUGCCUCCAGUGCUCGAGACGCCGCCCUUACUGUUGGUAAACACUUUCCGUGCUAUUCUUUUCCGUCUGUUCACGAUGAUGAUUCUGACACUAGCGUACGUGUACAACGAUUUGUCUGUGGUGCCUGGAAGUCCUCCAAGGCAUCACAGAGGAAUCAUGACGCACAAGCACCAAGGUUAAAAUUUGAUAGAGUUGAAAUGUCUAAAAAAAUUAGGAACAUCGUAGAACAGCUGAAGCCCGUUUGUGCUAUGGUUUCCACCAUUCUUAAUCUUGAGUUACUUGGCUCCAGCCGUACCCCUAGUAAGGAAACUGCUAUGAACAGAGCCCAAACCACCCCAAAAAUCGUAGAGCCUAAGUUAUAUGGGAGGGAUAGCCAAAAAAAUUUUGUUGAAAAUGAAAUUGUUAACGAUGAAUAUUGUGCACUUACCGUGCUUCCUGUUGUUGGCCCGGGCGGUAUUGGCAAGACAACAUUCAUGCAACACAUAUAUGAAGAGAUGAAGAGCCAUUUCCAGGUUCCCAUUUGGGUAUGCGUCUCUCUCGAUUUUAAUGCGAAUAGGCUAGCAAAAGAUAUUGUGAAAAAGAUCCCUAAAGUUGAUAAUGAAAACACAAAUUCGAGUGAUGAAGAGCUUAUCGAGCAAAGAAUCAAAGGAAAGAGGGUUUUACUUGUGUUAGAUGAUGUGUGGACACAUCAUGACAAUGAGUGGACAAAACUAUUAGCUCUGUUUAAAAAAGAGGGGGCGAAAGGUAACAUGGUUAUAGUCACGACUCGAAUACCCGAGGUAGCAAACAAGGUUAAAACAACUAAAUGCUCACUAGAAUUGGAGCGUCUAUCCCCUAAAGAUAUUAUGAAUUUCUUUGAAGAAUGUGUAUUUGGUGUCCAGAAACCAUGGGUUGACCAUCCAGAAUUAGCUGAAGUUGGAAGAGAAAUAGUGGAGAAGCUGAAGGGCUCUCCUCUUGCAGCAAAAACUGUCGGUAGAUUACUAAGAAACAAACUUACAUUGAACCACUGGAUAAGCAUUUUGGAAAGUAAAGAAUGGGAAUCACAAACCAACGACAAUGAUAUUAUGCCUGCUUUAAAGCUCAGCUAUGAUUAUCUUCCUUUCCAUCUACAAAAAUGUUUUUCGUAUUGUGCUUUGUUUCCUGAAGACUACGAAUUUGGUAGGGAAGAGUUGGUUCAGUUGUGGAUAGGACUAGAUAUUUUACAUUCGUGUGAUAUGAACAAAAAAAGAAUUGAAGAUGUUGGACUUUUCUUUUUAAAUGAAUUGGUUAAUCAUGGAUUUUUUAAAAUAACUAAUAAUCAGGAUGGAAGACCUUUUUAUGUAAUCCAUGACCUACUACACGAGUUGGCGGUGCAUGUUUCAUCGUCUGAAUGUCUUAGCAUAUAUAGCUCUAACGUGAAGGACAUACAAACCCUCCCUACGGUACGUCACUUGUCUAUUAUCGUGGAUAGCACAUAUGUCAAGAAUAGAUUGUCUUUUAAAGAUUAUAAUGAUAAUUUGAGUGCACUAGGGAAAAGAUUGAAAGUAGAAAAUCUACAUACUUUAAUGUUGUUUGGAGAUUACCAUGGAAAUUUUGCCAAAACUUUUGGUGGUUUGUUUAGGGAGGCUAAAGCCAUUCGCGUCAUUUUCUUGUCCGGAGUGUCAUACGAUGUGGAUGAUAUAUUCUACAACUUUGCAAAACUUGUCCAUCUUCGCUACCUAAGGAUCAAGCCGUUGUCUCACUGGAUCUUGUCCUUACCAAGCGUGCUAUUCAGAUUGUAUCAUUUAGAGGUUAUUGAUCUAAGCAACGCGAAUCGUUGUGUUAUUUCAACUAGACAUAUGGGCAACCUUGUAAAAAUGCGCCACUUUCUUGUGCAAGAAGACCAGUUUAACAUUCAUUCUAAUAUUUUUGGGGUGGGAAAACUAAAACUCUUUCAGGAAUUAAGGGAAUUUAGGGUGAGAAAGCAGAGUGAGGGUUUUGAACCGAGUCAGCUUGGGCAAUUGACAGAGCUUGGGGGAUCACUUUGCAUUUAUAAUCUUGAAAAGGUGAAAACAACAGAAGAAGCAAAUGAAUUAAAACUGAUACAUAAAAAACACUUAAGAGAACUCAUAUUAGAAUGGGAUCCUGAGCCUUCUAACAACAAUCCUUUACAAGAAGAAAUUAUUCUUGAAAGUCUUGUACCCCAUAGCAGUCUUCAAGAGCUACGCAUUAAAGGGCAUGGGGGAACUAAUUGCCCAUCCUGGCUAUGUGAUAAUCUCUCAGUUAAGUGUUUGGAAUCUGUUUGUCUAGAAGGUGUAUCCUGGAAGAAUCUUCCGCCUCUAGGAGAGAUAUGGAUGGUUAAUGAGCGUGGUGAAGAGUAUCAGUGUUGUAGUAUCUCACCUCCAAACUUUCAUAAUUUGAAAAGGCUGCAAUUAAGCAACAUAUCUAGUUUGUCAAAAUGGGUUGGAAAUGGUGCCAGUCCCUUUUUCUCCCACUUGGAAGUGCUCAUCCUUACACAUUGUUUUGAACUUAUGGAGUUGCCGUUUUCACAUCCUACUUGCUGUCAAGCACAACAAGAAGAGAAAAUGGCUUGGUUUCCUAAACUACAAGAGCUUGUUAUUGAAGACUGCCCAAAACUAGCGUCGUUGCCUCCUAUCCCUUGGAGGAUUCAUGCUCCAUGCUCUGCUAUGAUAGAAAGUGUGGGAUCAGAUUUUGAGAAGCUCCUUUACAAAAGAAUAGAUGGAAAGGAAGUAGGGGUGGAAGUUGAGGGAAAACAUGGUCACCGUGAUGUGUCGUGGAAUGUGUUGAAUUUCUCUAAUCUAGCUGAUGUGGAAUAUUUGCGUAUGGCGAGAUGUCCUCUCAUGCCGUUGAAUCACAUGCGAGUGCUAACUUCUCUGAAAAAGAUCGAGAUAGUAGGUUGUCCGAGUAGCAUCUUGUCGUGGGUUCAAGGUGUGGGUCAUGGCAUAUACAGGUUUCCAUGUGAAGACUUCACUAUUCGUGAAUGUGAUACUAGUGGGGAAGAAUUGACGCUGCUGCUCUCAUUCUUUCCAGAGCUCUCGACCUUGAGAAUAUAUAAUUGUAAGAAUAUAACUGGGUUAGGUGUGGCAGAGAAUGCAAAAACUACUACGGAAGAGCAGCAGCAGACAAGAGACGAUAACAAGGAAAUAAUAACAACAGCGAUAGCAGCAUCACAAGGACUGCUGCUUUUGCCUCCCAAGAUACAGUUCUUGCUAAUUACUGAAUGUUUCUCCAAUCCACCGAACGAUGACCACGCAGGCGGAGGUGGGCUCCAACGUCUGAGCGCCCUCCGCCAGCUGGAUAUAGAAAAUUGCCCCGAGUUCUUCUCCUCUAUUUCGUCCUCCUCUUUUCCCCCUUUCCCGACCUGCCUGCAAGUGCUCAUGAUAAAGGGCGUUAAGCACAUGGAGACGUUGCACGCCAUCUCAAACCUCACCUCUCUCACCGCAUUACACAUAAAAUUAAUUGGUGAAUCAAGAGCUGAGGGCUUGUGGCCUCUCCUCGCCCACGGAAGCCUCACAGAAUGCACUGCUUUGCACCUCCCUGUUGCCUCCGGUUUCUUCGCCGAUCCCGACCCCUCACGGCCGCAUGACAUAGAGGUGUUUUCCCGUUCCUCCAAGCUCUUGUAUCUGACCACGGGAAGCAACACAGGAGUCCUUGCCGCGUCGAUCUGCAGCCUCCUCUCUUCCACCCUCACCAGAUUGCAUCUCAUCUUCCAUGACGAUGAGGUGGAGCGCUUGACAAAGGAUCAAGAGGAGGCCCUUCAGCUCCUCACCUCUCUCCAAGAGAUCGGAUUUUUCAAGGGAGACAAGCUGCAGCGUCUCCCUGCAGGGAUACACGAGCUUAUCAACCUCAAGAAAUUAGACAUCUGGUACUGCUCGGCCAUCCCGUCCCUGCCCAGCCUUCCGAGCUCUCUGCGGGAAUUAGAGAUCUACCGCUGUGAUUCCCUCAAGUCGCUGCCCAACAGCCUCCCGAGUUCUCUGGAAAUAUUGGAGAUCGCCCACUGUCACGCCAUCAAGUCACUGCCCAAGGAUGGCCUUCCAAGGUCAAUGCUAGAAUUAGAUGUCCAUCGAGGUAACAGCGAGGAGCUAAAAAGGGCGUGCCGGAAGCUAAUAGGAACCAUUCCGGUUGUCAGAACCUGACCAAUCCAAGGUUUCUCCUUGGAUUUGUAUAUUCAUGUAGCCUGCUAGAAUGCUCUCUAUGGAAUCAGGGUUUCAGGGUGCCAGCUGCAAGUGUGACAGUCUCAGUUUGUAUCUACAGCCUGCACAUAAAACUGGCUGCCCAUGGAGUCAUAAAUUCUCCCAUCUUUGUAGAAUUCUCAGCAUUCAGGCACUGCUCUAACAUUAUUGUCUUGAUAUGGGCUCCAUCUUUGAGUUAAACAUUGUUGCAGCCUUGUAUAUUUCGCUCCAUCCAUGUACAGCGGGCACAUGAGUGUCAUAUGUGGUAUAUUCAUCCUACAAGAUAAAUCAAUAAUUCUGGGCUCCAUCUUGGAGUUUAACAUUGUUUUAGCCUUGUAGAUAUCAUUCCAUCCAUGUAUAGUAGGCACAUGAGGGUCAUAUGUGGUAUCUUCUUCCUAUAGAUAAAUCCAUUCUGGUAUUCUUAUGCUCGUUCUGGUUGUUUCUAGAUAAGUUCAUUUGCAUUUUGGUCGUCACCCAUAGAGACUUGGUGGUAAACUUAGAUUGUUCGCCCUGUGCGGGUCAGAUCACCAAUGUCCAAGGCGUAAUGUUGGAAGAAAUGAGACUCGGUGAUUUGCUACUGAAAUUUAGGAACUUGAACGAAUACUCAAUACUCAUGAUAUUAGUGCUUGUGUGGAGCCAAUUCAGAUCUCGGGCUGUCAUUAGUUGACACAACGAUCCUGGGGUUUUUGGUAUAUGGCUUGUGGUACAACUAUGGGAAACAGCUCUACAAUAGGGACAUAUCUGUGAAGGUACCUUUGUUCGAAGGUUAGUUAAACCCACUGAAAUGCAUGAUCGCUUUAGCUAUCCUAGAUUGUAUUCAAUGUGCAAGUGUCAAACUCUUGUUGCCUCAUGAGACCUUGGUUAGAGAACUUUUUGCUUUCUUGAUAAGUUGGUAGUCUAGCUUUUGAGCACACUUACAUUCUCUGUAUUCAUUGCCAAUGAAAUAAUAUACGAGAGUGAUGAGUUCAUACAUAUAGUCGUAAAGAUAAAGCACUUAUUGAUCCGGAAUAUUUUUCUGUCCCACCAGAGCCAAAUAAGAGAAGAUUUCAUGAGCCUUGAUUAUUGCAAUCUGAAUAUUUAGUGCGUAUUGUUAAGUUUGAUGUUCCUCUAGUCUGAAGUUUUUAAAAGCCAGUCAUUUCUUUUGCAUAACCAAUUUUUUCUAGCCUCUCCGACACUUGGCAAUGCUUACCUUGAUCGGGAGAUUGCAUACUCUACCAGGGUACAUAUCAAAAUCCAAGAAUUAAACCGCUUCUUCCAUGUGUUCACACCAUACCUACCUAUAUAGCGCAUAUCCUGCUAUCCCUAGUAGUUGAUUGUGCACACUCACCAAAGUUCGAGAAGACACAAAAGCCCUUUGUGGUCAUCUUCAUCAACCUUGUGAAUUUGUCAGCAUUGAUGGCUCUCACACAAAAAAGAAAAAGAAAAAAAAGAAAAAAAAAGUAAAAGAAAGAAAAGGGGGCACCAUAUAGAAGCUUGAAAUGUUCAUCCUCAAACAGGAGGAAAUUUUCAGCAGCGCUUCAAUGUUCAUGUGCAGAAUGGCUAAUCGAACUUCUACCUGUGCAAUAAAGAUAAUGAGAAAAUCUGUUGUGUCCUGAGAUCACCUUUCGUUGCAUAGGCCUCUCAAUAAAUUAUUAUGAUGCUUGAGUCCAUUCUUUCCCACAUACCCUGGACAUUAUUAUUCCAAUGACUGGCAUUUGAA